AGUUUACAUGUACUGACUGAGAUGCUGAACAGCAAAAGAAAGGUCAGGACGAGUGUUAGUCAAAAAAUUCAGCUUGCCCAAUAAACGUCGAUAAAUGGUAGGAUCAAAUAGGAGUUCCCCAGCAUCAGCUCGUAGCUUGUUGGAUGGUUCAAGUGGUGAAGCAACAGGCCUUUGAUGUAGGCAGUCAAAUUCAGAUAGGACUUCUAAGGUGCAACAGGGGCUGCAUUGCAGUGAGGUGUGACAGGACUCUGGUUCCUCUUGUUCUUGGUGAACUUAAAAUCUGCAGGAAAACCAAUUAACCUGUAGCAGUUACCAACAACAUGAUUAGUCAUCUUACAAUAGGCUGCUUCUCCAGGAUGUGCAGCAACAUAAAUCUCCCUCUGCUUCUCAUCUUGGAUUAGGAGACAAUAAGCAUGACUAACAGAGGGCAAGGGAUCCAUCAUAAGGAUGCUGCUUCUUACACCAGAGUAGGUCUCGUUGAGUCCCAUGAGGAAUUGAAUCAACCUCCCAUCCUGAUGGGAUUUGAUGGUCUUAGCCUUUCCAGCACAGGUGCAUUUGCAAGAGCAAUGAUCAAAGUUUUCGAGUACAACACAGACUCAGCUAUGUCUUUUGAAAGAGAGUUAAGAAUCCAGGAAAUAACCUUGUCAUUACAGCGGCUCCAGGGCUUGUGCUGUGUAGAGUCAGAAGCAGGUUCUGCAGAAGAUCCAUCUAUGAAUCCAAUUUUGUUCUUGGCAGAGAGAGCAAUGACAAUUGCCCUACUCCACCCAGCAUAUCCCUUUCCAUCAAAAAGUGAGUUCACCAAAAUCAUUCCAGGUGAAUCAAAAGGAUGGAGAUAAUAAGGGUUUGAGGUGUCAAUGAUGGUGGAAGCUGCAGAAUCGACAGUAGUUGGAGUUUCUGUAGAGGGAGCCAUGGAAGAUAUUGAAAGAUAAUUGGAAAAAAAUGAGAGAGAUGAGCACCUAUAGCUUUGAUACCAUGUAGAAAUUUAAAAGAUUUAGAAGAAAGUUUUCUUUGUAUUCCAAAAACUUUUUGCUGAUGUUUACACUGUACAUGCUUGUUUAUAUAGAAAAUGAAAAUGUCAGAAAGAAUAUUCUCUUCUAUAA